AACAUCAGUAUAAACAGUACUAAAUAGACCUAUCCGGAAUUGUUAAUGUAUCCUAAUGUUUUUAUAAUGAGUGACGUUUUGAAUGAACAGCUGACUUGUGUUUACGUCGUAAAUAAUGCAAUUUCAUUAACUAAUAUCUCUUAAUCAUUAAGAAAGUGAUAAAAAAAUUGGGUAAUAUGUUUUAAACGUAAACUGUUUAUUUUAUCUGUCGCAUUCAAGCGAUGCACCAGAAAUGGAUAUGUCAGAUAUAUGGAAACUAGCCCGUUUACUGCGUCAGAACGGUGACAAAGUCCUGAACGAAGGAAGCAAGUUUUCUCUGACUGCGUCCUUGCUACGGAAGUUGAACGACGCGUUCCUGAUAAUUGUUGACCGCGAGGAGCUGUGCAGCGCGUUCCAGGUGGUCUCCGUGAGCCACGAGCAGGAUGAACUGUUUCACAACUUGCACUUCCUCCACGACUUCGUGCAGAAGGUACUGGCCUUAAAGGUGGACCGGGACUACCCCGCGCGCGCGCCCCUCUCCAGGAGCUGCGCCCUCAACGUAGCCAAGUUCAAGAGCCUGAGGUACCUGGAGAUUAGGAAGGUGCCUGUGCACAGCGUCACCGGGCUCCAGGAGCUGCGCCCCCAGCUGCACGCGAUCGUGUGCGUGCAGUGCGUGCACCGGCUGGAGGAGCUACUGUCGCGCUGCGGCGGCGACCAGAGCGGGGACUCUGCGUGGGACGAGCUCCGCGAGGCGGUGUUCAGCUACAACUCGCUCACGUCGCUGGACAGCUCCCUGUCUCUAGCCCCCUGGCUACAGGUCCUGGACCUCAGCCACAACAACUUGAGGACCGGGGAGGGGCUGGAGCUGCUGCCGUGCCUCCGAUAUCUGAACCUCGGCUACAACUGCCUCGUCUCUGUCCCCGUCCUCAGCGAGGAGGCGUGCACCAAGCUCCAGACACUCAUCCUCAAGAACAACUUCAUCGAGAGUGCUGCUGGUCUGGCCGGGCUCGACAGCCUGGCGGAGCUGGACCUGUCGUGCAACAUGGUCGCACGGUACGACUCUCUGCGCGCCCUGCGCGGGACGCCCGCGCUGGCCACGCUCUGCCUGGACGGCAACCCGCUGUGCUUCUGCGCGGACUACCGCGCGCGUGUCGCCGAGACGCUGCAUCACAACACUGCCUUCAACCAGUUUGUGUUGGACGGCAUGCCACUCUCGAAGCUGGAGAGGCUCAGGCUCGGGAGUGCCGUGAACGGGGAAGAGGUGGUUGCCCCCUCGCGGCCACCUGAGUCGACAGAAGGUGCUCAGCCAACAACUGUCGCAAGUGGCUUGGCCAAGGUGCAGCGCGGCAAGAAGGCCAGUCGGAUGAGAGUGGCAGUGAUAUCGGAGCAACUCGGCGCAGAAGAGAGAAAAGCAGCUAGGGAAGCAUCACCAAGCUCUCACCUGGAACUCUCGACGGAGCACCUGGAGGUCAAGAAGCAGGUGGAGAUGCUGCGAGAGAGGUUCGGUGAGGACGACUGGCUGCACCACCUGGGCGGCUCGCGUCUGCAGGACGUGCUGGGCAUAGAGCGCGCCGCCUUGCCUGACCUGGGCCGUGCGCUGCGCGGCUGCCUGGGAGCCGGUGACGACGGCAUGCAGGUGGAGACAGAGACCGGCCUGAACUCCCCGGGGCAAGCUCCGGUGGUCGGCCACCUGGUGAGUGACGAUCACGUCGUUGCUGCCAGCGAAGGGGCUGUCCCCGAAUCUCCCACUCCCGAGGAAUCGGCGCUGGAAAGAUUUCAACCGAAAGAACCUAGCUUGGAAACAGCUGUGCCUAAAGAACCGCAGGUGGCGCCCUUGCAAGAGUCACAAGAAGAGGAACCAGUGGAAGAGGCAGAUGAUGACUUAGCAGAUGUAAAGCUCUACCUCGUGCAGAAACAUCGACCUGGGGUCGAUAUCUUGGACGAAUUGUUCUUGGUUGUGACAGAUAGUCACGUGAAGGAACGUGACAGCGUGUCGGGAAAGACGAAGGAGAGGUGGACCAUGGAGACUCUUCUCAGCUGCACGAAGACGUCGAACGAUCCAGUCACUGUCCAGCUGACGUUCGACACGGUGCGUCGCGACAGGCAGGAGCGGCUGUACAUCAUGGACGAAGAGGAUGCAGAGCAACUGAUGCGUGCCCUGAGCGAGAUCCUGGACUCCAGGUCACUGACGGCCAUGAACCAGGUGGCUUUCCGUUGCUUCAAGUGCCAGUCGCAGUUCGCGCAGGAGCUUGGCCCCAAGGUCACGGCACAGCCAGAGAGUGUCAUGUGUCCGACAUGCGGCAGUUCCGUCGUGAUCAUCAUGGAUGAAGUCCCUCUGCCUUCCAACGUGUCUGCAGCCCGAGAAGAGCCACCGAAAGCCGCCGAGCCAACAAAUGGUGUGUCCACGAUGACCAAGUGCCCGUCGGAGUGCAGCAUAGGGCCGGAGAGCGACGGGGCCGAUACGCUUCGGGUGACGGCGGUCGUCCACAGCUCGUCCUCGCCCGUCGACUGCGCCCGGCCUUCGACCACGCUCCGCUCAGCGUCGUCCUUGAACCAGUCCCCGGAGCGGUCACAAGAUGGCGCCGCUGCCACGGCAGCGAGGCACUGCGACAGUGAUAUUGAGAUAAUCAGCAAUCCGAGCCAGAGCAGCAUCGAAGUCCUGGACGAUAGCGGGAGGGUUCGCGGCAGCACACCUGCAAGGAAGAGUUCCUCCGAAGAGAAAACCUCUAUGGCAGCCGUGCCUCAGUUAAGCUCAGUCAAAGGGAUGAUAAUGACGGAAAGCAGUUCAUCGGGCUCCCUCGCGGACAGCGUCUGCACGACCUACGAGAACCCUCCCGGGGCCUCAGUGGGCGACAGCAGCUCGCCGGCUCCUCGGAUGGCGGAUGGUGAUGGUUCGGCAAAGGCGCCCAAUGGAUCGGAGAGCCCGGACGACACCCUGAAGCAUGGCGAGGGGAAGCGGGGGCCUCCCAGGAGUGUGCCCGAGGUGGGCGUGACGUACACGUCUGUGCUCGAAGACUUGAUGCAGAGCGUGACCUCCCGCAUCCCAGCGGGACCUGGCGAGACGACAGCGAGGAGCGCGGCGAGCGAGGGUAUCCGCUACUCGUACGACGACUUCAGCGACGUGGACCACCGGGUAAAGCUGCACCUCUACGUGCAUGUGUUCGGGGACCGCGAGCAGCUGCUUCUCCUGCUGAAGGCUCGCAUGGUGCGGCAUCACAGCAAUGCUCCGUACAUGGGGCUUCUCGUGUUUUCAACUUCGAAGAUUUAUGUGCUGCAGAUAACAGGUCCUGAAAGUGAUGAGCCGCAGGAUUGGCUGAUGCUGGAGGACUCCUGGCCAGCAAGCGGCCUCAGGGCAGUGUCGCUACUGCCGUCAGAGCAAGGCGUGAGCCUCGAGUUUAGCAACCCAGGCGGAGCCGGCGCUGCGAGCUACUUGGCUGUGCUGCAGUAUUGUGCGCAUACCACCCAGUUCUACGAAUUCCUGUCUGGUCUGAGCUUGCCAGACGACUACAAAGUCUGCCUGGGCGGGACGUCUGAUCGACACAUACUGCUGAUCCAGCAGCUCACGCUCACGAUGCCGACGGACGAGGACUCGGACCUCGCACUGCAACACUUGGUGAUCUUCUCCCGCUGCAUCGUCAGGAGAGGCAGUGAGGAGGUGAAAGCGCUGCGGGUCGGAGUGUUCGUGCUGACGGGCACGGCACUGCUCGUUACGGAGGAAGGCGUGGACUGGCUGUUCCCCGGCAGCUCCGCAAGCCCGCAGCCCGGCGACACCCAGAGCAUGUCGAGCCUCGUUGAGCUGGAAAUGGAGGGCUUGUGCUUGACGCUCCACUUCCUGGAGGAAUCCACGCAGUGCAGUGAGUCGUGGGUCAUCGCCGUGGAUUCGCGGGAGAUGGUCGACACGCUGGCAAGCUCUGUGAUGUCCCUCUGGGAGGACCUGUUCUCGGUGCCGCUGCAAGUCGUCGACAAGAACGGAGGCAGCAACAGCAAUACUUGCGAUGAAUUAAAAAAUAGUGCCUGAACGUCACAUUUAAGGGUUGUACCAAUUGGAAUGUACGAUUAUUUGAAUCUGUCGAACCAAUUACACUUAUAAGUGAUCAAUAUCUGCAAAAUACAGACCACCAAUUACCUUAUGACUGUGUGGACUACAACUGAUGUUAUAUUAUCUAGAUGUUGGGAAAAAAUAUUUAAAAUAAAACCACAUUUUUAAAUUUUAUGCAGUAAUAAUGAGGGGAAGAUAUGAAGUACUGAAACAAGAGAGUAACUUUGUUUAGACCAGUAUUUUUGUAGCUUUAAGAUUGUGGACAAUGUUUCAUUGAAUUGUUAUUUUUCUUAACAACCAUAAGAAGUACGAUGCAAACUACAUAUUAGUAUGACACCUGGUAUCACUUUUGGGACUGCUUACUGUCUUUGGGAUGCAUUUUAUAUCUGAUGCAUAAAAUCUUGCCUUAGUUCAUUUCAUUCAUCAAAUGAGCAAAGUAACUUAAAAUAUAUAAAAUAAAA